AUGAACCCUGAAGCUAUUGCAAACACUUUACUUGUUGAUUUACAUUCUUGUAUUGAACAUAAUUUAUCUCAAAUUUCCAAUAUCAUUGAACAUAGUAAAAUUAUUUAUGAGCAAUUUCCUUUUGAUUAUAAUCUUUCAUUUGUCUUCCAAAAUAUUCCACCAGCUGUUAUUGUAGAUUCUUUAUCAACUGGACUAUUACCCCAACAAUAUAAACAAAACUACAUCUGUGCAGAUUCUACUAGUGAUGGAAAUUGUUUGUUUCAUACUGCAUCUAUAGCUCUUUAUGGAAGUGAAAAGAUGUCAAAAUGGUUUAGAUUGGCAUCAAUGUUAGAAUUGAUUUUAAAUUCUAAUUAUUAUUUAGAACUUGACAUAUUUAAAACUGAUUAUCUGUAUACAGAUCAAGCAUUAGACUAUUCUCACAAAUCAACCAAAAAUUGA